CACUAUGAUCACUGUAUGAAGAUAUUUGCGGCUAUGGCCAGUGAACCACUUGAAGGGUUCCAUGAGGUGAACCUGGCGUCACCCACCACCCCAGAUCUUCAUGGGGUUAUAGACCCGAGCCCACCAAAGCACAACGCUCCCCCCAGCACACUGUACCGCACACACUCUUUGACCUCUAGCCAGAAUGCACCCAAUGCUCUCAGAGCCGACCAGCUGCCCACCCAGCCCGUGUACUCGACCCCCCGUCACCUGGGCACAGAGGACACCCUCAAUGGCAGUGGAAAUGAUCUUGCAGUGGAUGCAGUGGAUGGCAACGUCCCAUCAGCUGAUGGAGAGGAUGUUCUGGGCCUGAGCGCAGACAGUCUGUCCCGUCUCAGAAGUCCAUCAGUUAUGGAGGUCCGAGAGAAAGGCUACGAGAAGCUAAAGGAGGAGCUCGCCAAAGCACAAUGGGAGGCUCAUAAGAUGGUGCACGAAGCAAACCUGAAGCAAGCCACUGCUGAAAAACAACUGAAGGAGGCACUGGGAAAGAUUGAUGUUCUUCAGGCCGAAGUGGCUGCUUUGAAGACUCUGGUCCUGUCAACCUCUCCCACAUCCCCCUGUAAAGAAAUGCCCCCCGGACCCAAAGCCCCUUUUAAGAAAGGCCACGCUCGAAACAAGAGCACGAGCAGCGCCAUGUUGGGCAGCCAGCAGGAGGUCGCAGUGACGCAGCCCAUUGUACGUGAGUGUAAAGAGAUUGAUUCACUGCUCUUCAACGAGUUCAAAGUGUGGAAAGAGGAGCCGACCCUGGAGAGAAGCUGCUCCUUCCUCGAGCGCAUUUACAGAGAAGACAUCCACCCAUGUCUGACGUUUUCUAAGAGUGAGCUCGGAUCAGCAAUCCUGGAGUCGGUGGAACAGAACACACUGAGCGUGGAGCCGGUGGGAUUCCAGCCUCUGCCGGUGGUCAAAGCAUCUGCUGUUGAGUGUGGAGGACCCAAGAUGGCACAGACUCUCGUGAAAUGUGCCCUGUGUGGUCAAACUAAAACCUGCAAGCACAGAAUCAAGUUUGGCGACUCCAGCAACUAUUAUUAUGUAUCUCCGUUUUGCCGUUAUCGGAUCACAUCUGUCUGCAACUUCUUCACCUACAUUCGUUACAUCCUCCAAGGACUAGUCAAACAACAAGAUGAGCAGAUGUUCUGGGAGGUCAUGCAGCUACGGAAGGAGAUGUCCAACGCCAAGCUGGGGUACUACAAAGACGAACUGUGAACAGAGCCUUCACUGUCAUGGGAAUGUCGCCGUCUUAACCCGAUGGAGUUUACCAGUCCUGUCAGAGUGGCUUCCCAGGGACCACCACACCUCAUUAUAUUAAUUGAAACAGAAGGAGAAGAUGACACUAAAGCAUGAACUGUAGCUGGAGGUUGUGUUCUCUCUGAAGAAUCUACAACGAAGGAUGAAUCACACUCCAAUAAAUGCGUCUCAACCUCUCUUAGAUUGAUAUGUUCAGUGCUGUAGCUAGCUGUGUGCUGUUACGCUGUUGUGUUUCUAUAUCUGGAAUGUUCUGUGUGUAUUUCCUCAUGAGUCUCAUCUAGCCUCCCUCAUUUUGAUUUUAGUGCCUUUCUGGAAGCCUGAAUAAAGUUGUGCACCUCCAGAGGAGAAUUAAUGCUUGUGUUUGUCCUCAUGAAGCGGUGAUCUCGCAGAGCCACAGCAUGUGAAGAUACAUGAAGACUUUCUCUGCUAU